CUUCACAUUCUCGUAAUACACGACAAUGGAUUGUAAGGGAGUGUCACUACCGUUGUUUGACGACCAUCUAAUGAUGCCUUGGAAUGAUCUGAGGAAAGGUGACUGUUGUGGACGGUUCGAAGCUAUCAAUGAUGGCUACUAUUGCAAAUGCUGCGAUUUCUUCGUCCACAAGAAAUGUGGCGACGAGACCACUAAAUAUAUGGAGCACCCGUGUCACUCCAUUCACACUCUCAAGCUUGUAGGUGGAGAGAGGAUAAAACGAGUUAGUCAUUCUUGCGAUUUAUGUGGAAAGAGGAUAGACAUGGAUCAAUGUUAUCGCUGCAAGAUCUGUGACUUCGAUGUGGAUCUAUACUGUGCCAAGUACCCACCACCAGAGUUUAUUGACAUUUCCGAGACGCAUCACCACAAGCUCACUCUUCUCAAGAAGCGGAUCGACUUCGAUUGUAAAGCUAAAUGUGGGCAGGCUGGUAAUGGGUUUCCUUACAAAUGUCAUGAGUGUGAUUUAGCCUUCCAUGUGGAUUGCGUAUGGAAUCCGUCGGAGGCAAAACACUUGUCAGAGGUAAACCACUCUUACCACCCCUUACACCCUCUUAAGCUCAAGACAGGUCAACCACCAGACUAUUCUGAUGGAAAAUGUCGUCUUUGCGGAAGAGAGAUUGAUGAAUUAUAUUAUCAUUGUCCUUCGUGCAACUUCACCUUGGAUAUGCAUUGUGUUUUAAACCCACCACCAGAAAGUAUGCGGGAUUCGAAAGCUCAUGAUCACCAACUCAUUCUUCUCCCAAGACUCGAUUCGUUUACAUGUAACGCUUGCGGGUUGAAGGGAGAUCGAAGCCCUUACAUAUGUGUUCUAUGUGGUUUCAUGAUCCACCAAGAGUGUCUUUACCUUCCACGCCUCAUAAACAUUAAUCGUCACGAUCACCGCAUUUCUCGCACUUCUGUUAUUGGUGUUAUAAAUUCUACUUGUGGAGUUUGCCGGCAGAAGAUGGAUUGGAGUUAUGGGGGUUAUUAUUGUCAGAGCUGUCCUGACUAUUUCGUUCAUUCUAGAUGUGCUACUAGAAGAGAUGUGUGGAACGGGAAAGAACUCGACGGAGUACCUGAAGACACAGAAACUUUACAAGUGGUAAUAGACAACACAACGAUACAACACUUCAGUCACAUAGAGCAUUAUCUAAGACUCCAUAUUAAUGGUUUUAGAUGGGAGGAGAUCAAGCGGUGUAGAGCAUGCACCUAUCCCAUUGGUCUCCAAUCUUUCUACAGCUGUAUUGAUUGUGAUUUCAUUCUACACCAAACCUGCGCUGAAUUUCCUAGAAAGAUAUGGCAUGUGUUGUACAAUGAACGACUAACUUUAGUUACAAGCGAGACCAAUGUUUUUGAGUGUGAUGCUUGUUAUAGAAUGUCUAAUGGUUUCAGGUACCAGCGUGAGGGUAAGGUAUUAGAUGUCCUGUGCGGAACAAUUUCUGAGCCAUUUUUCCAUCCAAGUCAUCCCCAUCAUCCGUUAUAUUACAUUUUACAAGAUGAAGAAAGAGAAUGCACUGGUUGCAACAAGUUAGCAUCCCAUGUGCUCACUUGCAUUGAAGAGGACUGUUGGUUUGUAUUGGAUUUCAAAUGUGCCACUUUACCCCAAGUGGCAAAGCAUUGCACUGAUGACGAUCAUCCUUUCUCACUAUACUAUGGCAAAAAGGCAAAUGGUAAACACUGGUGUGACAUUUGUGGAAAAGAAACCAAUAUAAGGACAUGGUUCUACACAUGUAAAGAUUACCAAGAUACUUUGCAUAUAGAUUGUGUGGUGGGAGACUUUUCAGGGCUCAUGCCAACAACCACAAUACAGGUUUUAAGCAGAUCAUUUGUGGUGGUUCUCAAUAAUGGUGUCACUCGUCCAUUUUGCAGAUGGUGUAAGUCGCGUUGUAUGUAUCCCAUCAUGUUGAAGAUGCUUGGAACCUCAGAUACAUACGUUUGCUCUGCUGGUUGCCUAUUUAACGUGCUAGAUCGAAGUGGAUAGGGAAUUUAUGUUGGUUUGCUUCAUUUGUAUUUCUUGUGAACUCUUUUUUUUCUUGAAACUUUUCUUGUGUACGUACUCUUUGUUUUUCAAUAUGUGUGUUCUGAUCUUUAUUUUA